AAACAAACUGCAGCGGUGCUUUAGCUUAGCUCACCGCUCUCUGAAAAACGGAAUAGCCCACUCGGGCACAACGAUGUCCGACGCGGCUACUUCCACUACUUCCUCAGACAACAACGGAGACUCCGGGCUGAACGGGUCCUGGGUGGAGUUGGAGAUGAACAGAGGCACAGCCGCAUCAGCCCAAUCAUCCUCCACAGACGGCCCGGCUCCAGAUCUGCUGCCCCUCCCUCAGGUGGAGGAAGAGGAGGCCAUGGUGGGGGGGCUGGAGCAUGUCCCAUCCUCAUCCUCUAUCCACAACGGAGACAUGGAGAAGAUUCUGCUGGACGCUCAGCACGAAUCGAGCCGCAGCAACUCCUCCUGCGACAGCCCCGCGCGGCCCCACAGUCCAGAGGAUGACGGACAGAUCAUCUUUGACGUGGACGUGAGCGGCAGAAGAGACAGCCUAUCAGAAGAGGACACUUUGGAUAAGGAGAGGGACAUGGACAUCCUGAUGAAGGACGCAGACUGGGUCGCUGACUGGUCUAGUCGACCGGAAAACAUUCCCCCCAAGGAGUUUCAUUUUCGUCACCCUCGACGCUCAGUAACACUCAGCAUGAGGAAGACGGGGGCCAUGAAGAAAGGAGGAAUCUUCUCCUCUGACUUCCUCAAAGUAUUCAUCCCCUCGCUGCUACUAUCACACAUCCUCGCUCUGGGGCUGGGAGUCUACAUCGGAAAGAGGCUGACCACGCCCCCCACCAGCUCCUUCUGAACCCUAAGCAGAAGGAAAGUGCCUGAGGAGUGGCCACGAGCUGUUGGAGAAAGUUUUGCUGUCGUGAGAUGAACGUCCCGUCUCUUCUCACCUCUGUCCCGCCUGCCCCCGCCUCCCCUCCUCGUCCCUGAGAUAUGACAUGUUCUCAGGAGAAAUGCAUCUGCCUUUCCCCCUCCCUCCCCACCCUUUUGUUCUCCUUCACUCAUUUGUGUAAGCUUUUCAAAGAAUAAUUAAGGUCAUAUUUCCCUUUCCCCCAGCGACUGGGUUUCAUGUUUCUAACGGGUGGCUUUACAGCGAGGGUCGCAGCAUCUAACCAAACUCUUCUACUACACACGACCCCUUGAUCAUGUGACAACAAGGGAGGACCGACCCGUUUUAGAACUGACCACAGAUUGUGCCACCUACAUGAGUAGCCCGACACUCGAUCUCGAAAGGGCUACGCAAGCUGAAAAUGUGAUCAUGCCUUUUUGAAAGUAGCUAAUUUUCUUUAGGUAAUAUUUUCUUUAAACUUAUUUUAAAACCGUGGUGGUUUAUUGAGAAGGUGUAAUGAUGAAAGGAGUUACAUAGUGGCCAUGCUAAACCACAAGCGCUCCUGAAUUGCACGGGGGAAGUCUCUGGCUCUGAGAGAGAUGUAUGUGACAUUCUUUUCACUUUUUUUUUUAUGUGAUGGAAACUAGAAAUUAAAAUCUAUUCUACAUCUGAAUGAAUAUUUUUGCAAAGUGACAAUAGUUGGAUACCAGAGUGUAGAUGUGUGUGGUGCAGGCAGGCGCACACUGACAGUAUUUUGUGGCUGGGUGUUGGGAGGCGGCGCGGUGCGGUCCACGUUGCUCCUCCAGUUAGCUUUCUGGUUUGUCUGCAACAUGUCGUAGAGUUUGGCCCUGAACGCUCGGCUCCCCCGUACUUCCACUCCAGAUAGGGAUGGAUACGACAUACGUGGUGUUGACGUUUCGUAUUUUUGUGGAUUUUAAUUCAGCAAAAGUUAUUUGGUACCAAAAAGCGUGAAAUAAAGAGAAGUCUCUUUAUUGGCUUUUGUUUUGAUGAUAUUUAAGUAAUUUUAUUUAACUUUUUAAGUAUUUCAUGAAAUUGAAGUUUAAUUUUAAACUUCAAUGAAUCUACUUUUAUUUUAAGAUAUUGGUUGGGUCAGGAGAAUUGUUUUUUAACGCCGCUAUCUUAGUGAAAAAUGUGCGGUGGUAGCCAGCCCUGGUUUUUAACACUCCCAACACGUUUGCCAACAUUUCCCCAGAAAUGCUUAAUCAAGCUGCAGAUGAAGGGAACUGAUUCCAGGGUUUUGACAGACUGGAGAUGUGCAGCAACUUCUAAUCGACUGAAGGGAGGUUUGUUUUUACCUGACCAGGCUCUACUUUAUGUGGAAGCAUAAGUUAUUGGCUAGCAUGUUGAAUAAGUUUGAUAUCACACAUCGGCUUCACUGCAGUGGAAUGUGGUCCUUCCACAGCCACACCUGCGACAAGUCAUAUUUCAUUUAGAAGUUAAAAUGUCAUCGAAUGCCAAGAAGUUCUUCUUUUUUAGCCUUUUCAGUUUUUCUUCCGCUUCUUCUUUGACUUCUACGAUGACGCAAUGAUUUUCAGAUUUAAAGGUGAGCUUUCAUGUAGUGUACCUGACGUCGCUUUGUUGCCUUUUCAAAAAAAAUAUUUUAUGAUUACUGCAUUUCAGUGUUACAUUUCACAGAGCAAGAAAACAAUAGGCGUAUUGUUGUUCUAUAGGAAAGUUAUGAGUUCGUCCUGAAGCAUAUAUGUGAAAGUAUUUAAAAUACUACUUCUUGCAGCAUACUCUUUGACCCAGCAGGUCGACUUAGUACGCGUUUUCUUUUAGUUUGACCUCUUCUGACAGACUCAAUAACUACCAACACUGGGGUUUUUCUCCUUUUCAGCCACAGAGGUACUGUUUACCUGCGACACACCUGAGUCUGCCUGUGUUUGAACACGGUUGACAGCCGUGUUUUGGAUUGUUAUUUCCUGUUUGUUUUUUGAGUUGUCUUGUUUUAAGGUUUUUUUCCCUGAUGUCGCAGAGAGUGGAAAGAGACUUCCCUCAGACUGCGAUGGUCUAACAGUAGUUAUUAUUGUAAUGAUGCAUUUGCUUGAUUUUUCUUUUUUCCCACUACAUUGGAAUAAUUAAUAAACAUUUUGUCAUUAAAGAUGACCUGAAUGAA